UUUCCUACGUAGGUGGAAUUUUAUUCCUUCGCGAAAGUUUUUUUUUACUGUGCUCGGAAUUAUUGCACUCUCAAAAGGAACUUACCAUUGGUUAGGAGAGACGUUAACCGAAAUCGGAAGCAACAAGCUCUUAAAUUGUUGGUCAAUGCUCCAUAUUUUGCUUCUCUGGUCAGGUUUUCCUGGGAAAUCGAAACCGAUAAUGCUUCUAUUUACAGCUGUUGUUAUUUUAGGCUGUCUUUACCCAUGCGAUGCUGGAUUACCAGCUGUGGGAAACUGUACUUUCAUGGAUUACUACUGCAGCUUACGAAACUACGAAUCAACAUUCUUCAAGGCGUUGAAGGAAGGGACUUCUUCAGAUUGUGGACUCCAAUUCUGGAUGUUAUACUAUCGCUCCUUGAAGAAAUCAAAGGAAUGUUUGAAAACUGAACCAACAUUGAAAGUGGCUAACAUUGAGGAAAUGGAAUCGCUUUACUGCAGCGGGAGAGACUUAGAGAUACCGCUAGUUUCGUCGCUGUCCUUGUGUUCGCCCGAACACAAGAGCAAAGUCGACGAAUGCAUUCGUGACUUCGCGGAAACGUUUUUCAAGGACCCAAGCGACAAAUCGCUGUGCAGUAAACGUGGAGAAGCCAGGAUGUGUGUGACUAUGACAUGGGAUACCGUUUGCAAUAAUGUCACCACAAUGUCCACGGGGAUCUUAAAAAAUGUCACCGCUAACUUUAACCCGUUUUGUGAUGGAGGGAAAGAUCCAUGGGCUUUAGAAGAAGAUCUGUGCGAGCCAUAUCAUGAAGAGAUCACUCAGCCUACUCAGCCAGUUUGUGAGAUGUGUGGGGCAGGACGCCGCGAGUAUUCUAUAACUGCUCUUUGGCUGAGUCUUUGGCUUUGUGCUCUUGCACUGUAUGUAUAGGAGUAACUAAGCCUGGCGCAUGUGGACUAUUAAACACACCGUGCACAUUAA